AUGUCUCUUCCUGACUCACACACACACAUUUUCUUUCUCUCCCUCACACACUCUCCGUCUUUCUAUUCGUCUCUCUUUAUUUCUCCCUGUCUGUCAUUCGGUCUUUCUCAGUUUAAUCUUAUCAGUCCUUCACUCAUUCUUUAUUCUUCUAUCACAUUUCUUCUAUAUUUUGUAUCUAUCGUCCUCCCCACUCUCUGUCUUUAUCUCUGUCUUUCUCCCUUUAUCUCAUUCCCUCCCUCCCUCUCUCUGUCUACAUCUCUCUCUCCCUCUCUCUCUCUCAUUAUUUAUACUGCGUUAUCUAUCUAUCUAUCUAUCUAUCUAUCUAUCUAUCUAUCUGUAUCUUUUCUUUUUUUCCAUCUAUCUAUCUAUCUAUCUAUCUAUCUAUCUAUCUAUCUAUCUAUCUAUCUAUCUAUGUGUCUGUCUGUGUGUCUGUCUAUCUAUCUAUCUAUCUAUCUAUCUAUAUAUCUAUCUAUAAAGCCUGUUUCUAACUUUCUCUCUGUCUUCUUUCCUUCAUAUGACUAUCUCCCCCCUCUCUCUCUCUCUCUCUCUCUCUCUCUCCGAGAUUCUUUCUUGAGAUUUUUGUUGGAACCAUGUUUCCUUCAAUUGUCUGCUCUCUUUUUGAUGACAUAUUUCCAUUCAAUAAACUGCUCGAUUGUUAGAGCCCUGUUUCCGUCCAAUUCACCGCCCGCUUGUAGCCAUGUUUCCUUUCAAUUUACAGCUCACUUAUAG